UUCCGUAUCCCAUCCGGUUUUCAGCCGCAGCGGUGCCUGCAAGUAGCUUCUAAUGCCGAGUGGGCCCGAAAAACGUGCAUUUGUGUCCUCGAGAGCAAGUGAAAAGCUGGAAUAUAACAGCCUGGGUUGAAAGUAGGAAAUUUGUGGAAGUCCUGACACGCGGAAUUUAAAGUUCUCUAAAACGCUUUGCGUUUGAUUUGAUUUAGCGAAAGCCAAAAGGGAGGCACCAGGGACACCAAGAUACACUGAGGAGGCUUCGGCUGUUAUGGAAUUUUUUGUUUUUAAAGCGCUGCAAACUUUAGACAUCAGGGCGACCUACCAUUGCUUCUUUAGUCGCAAAGUUUUGGCACGUGCCUGAACUUUGCCAGUCCUGCGGCCUGCCAUCCAGGUGCGGUAAUAACAGUUUUGAUUAAUAGUAAUGGGUUUAUAAUCGUGGAAGACUCAAACUCAAUCGAAAAAUCCAGAGUAUUUGCCCACUGCAAUCAUCGCGAUCCGACCGGAAACAUUAACAAGACCCCGCUGCUGUAGCCCCUGGAGCAAAUGCAGAAUGUUGCGAUAUACAUAAUUAAGAUAUGAUAAAUUAACUUACGCCACAUACUUGAGCCCCAAAGAGGUGGAGUGCCAUCGAACUCAGCUCAAGUGAUAACGCUCAUCUUUGUUGUUGAGGAUUUAAAAUACAACACAAAUUACACUUUCUUUAUAAGUGUUACAGAUUUAUUUAAUAUCAAUAGAGGCAUAAUAAGCAAUCAAUAUCUCAACUUAACUGUUUUUCUGUUCUUAUUGUAUUGCAUUCGUCAAACUAGCUAUACAGUUUUAGAUCAUGGUUCCGAGAAUCUUAGAAAAUCGGAUCUUUAGUCCAAAGCGGAAGGCGUCAAAAACUGAUUCGUCGCUAAUUAAUUUUGGACUUACGGUGCUAUUUUUGUUGGCGCUUAUUCAUCAAACUAGUGCUCAAAUCGAUCAAAUUAUUAGUGAACAGGAAAGCAAGCCCGUUGUCUUACAAUGUCCUGUUAAUGAAGACAAAUGCGGAAAACUACAUUCACUUAAUUGGUUUAAGGGCGAUGAUCGCAUUGCUGCAAUGCUUCUGGGUGAAAAUAAUGCUACAAGUGUUAACAAAGAUUUUGAAGAAAGGGUGACUGUCGAGCAAAGUCCAUAUCGACUAGUUAUUAAGGACUUAAAAAUAAGUGAUGAAGAUAUUUAUCUAUGUGAUACAACAUUCUUCAUACCAGAAGAAACAUGUGAUAACUUCAAUGGAUAUCGAAUUGAAUUAAGAGUUUUAGUGCCACCCACUGAGGUUGUUAUUUUGGAUGCAAAGGGCGAUCGCAUUGAGAACGGCAGCACAGUGGGACCAAUGCAGGAACGGCAGUCACUGAAAGCAACAUGCACUGUGAGAAAUACACGGCCUCAGCCGGAAGUAGGAUGGUUCCGUGGAAACAAGCGACUGACAACGUAUUCUCCAACCCAUGAUUUAAAUGAUGGACUUUAUACUUCAACUCUCGAGUUGGAUUGGACAUUAUCGCGAGAAGAUCUUGCUCAAGAUAUUGAGUGCCGUGUAAAAUCUGCAGCCAUAUCAAAUACGAUUGUUACAACUUUUGACGUGGACUUGCAAGUGCGUCCAACCGGUAUUGAGAUUAAUGGAGUGAAACAUCAUACCGUUCAGGGCAGUAAAGUUGUUUUGACAUGUGAUAUUCACGGAGCUCGCCCAGCUGUUAAUCUCACUUGGUAUAAUUCAACAUCAAUAAUAAGUCCUGAUGAAAACGAACUAACAGAGAUUAGAAUUAAAGCGUUUGAAAAGAAUGAUGGAACCUAUCACACCCAAUCCGAAUUAAUCUUUAAUGCUACGCGCUUCGAAAAUGACCGCGUUUUUCGGUGCGAGGCGGAAAAUAUUGUAUUGCAAAUCAAUCGAGAGAAACCAGUCUCAUCCGCCCUUACUUUAGAAGUCUUAUAUCCUCCAGUUGUGAAGGUUAGUCCACCUAAUAUGAUUACUAAUACAAGUGAAAUAGUUCUACUGAAUUGUGAAUAUGUUGCCAAUCCUGCAUCUCUUAUCCAAGUUGAUUGGUAUCGCAAUGAUGAUCUUAUCAACGUUAACGACACGGAUCAUUAUCAGGGUGGCAAUUCAGAAAACGUGGCUCUAGUCAUUAAAUCUACUGAUAAAGAUGACAUCGGAAAUUAUUCUUGUCAAUUAUCAAAUACUAUUGGAAAAGGAAUUCCAGAAGAGAAAAUUUAUCUUGACGUGCAGUUUGUUCCGAGCGUAGAGGUGCAAAUGAUACCAGGGGGUCCUGUUAAAGAAAGCGAUGAAUCAAACGUCACACUUUACUGCAAUAUAUUAGAUGCGAAUCCCCCUGUUCUUACCAAAGUGAGGUGGUACGCUAACUCAACCUUACUAAAGGAGCUUCCAGACUGUGAAGAAACUAGGGAGGAUCUCUGUCACAUAGAUCCAAGUAAACUUUUAUUGGAAAGUAUUGGACGCGGAUUUUUCUAUAACUAUUCUUGUGAGGGGUUUAACGCUGCUGGUUGGGGUCCCCGCAGUGAAGACAAAGAACUUAUUGUACACUACGAGCCUGGACCCGCUACCCUUACCCAUUUUCCAUUAGUCGCUGUUAAAAAAAAAAGUGUUAUAUUCUCAUGUUCCGUCGAUGAUCCCGGUUAUCCAGACUCGAAUAGGUUUGUAACGCAACAAGCCAAACAUAUUAAAAAAAUCACGAAAACACCAUAUCCACCACCAAUUGAUUUUCAUACCGUCCAAGCAUUGCAACCACAGGAAGCCGACAUUGCUUUGGAAGCAUUGCUGCAAAAGCAACAAGAACGGCUCCACAAUAAUGCUUCUCUCCAUCAAGUUCACGAAAUCAAAGAAACGCAUGCUCUAAUUGAUUUCAAUUUAAAUCAAUCCUUUUGUACAUUACUCACGCUCACAACAUACACGUCAAAAUCGCAAAUUUUUACCCUUUAUUCUGACGUUCCGAAAAACUCUGCCUUGUCAUAUUCAUUAUACCGCAAAAUGGGCAAAUUUUUCUUUGAUGCUCAAAUGGUUUCAAAACCCAAUAGAUAUCGUUGGCUUCGUGGAGGUCGUGGUCCUCUGCAGGAUAUAGUAACCAAGGACUGGACAGUGGAGCCAGUUGGACUAGACAGUCGGACCAAUUAUUCAUGCUAUGCAUAUAACGAGGGGGGCAAGGGCGUAAUGGCCACGAUCAAUUUGGAAGUUCACGCACCGCCAUUUUUCAUAAAGAAUCUUGCACCCUACACUGGCAUCCUGCACACCUCGUCUAAUGCCACUUUAACAUGUCGCAUUGAGUGCGUUCCGCGUUGUGACAUACACUGGCAAAAAGAUGGUGUGCAAAUUGAGAAGAAUAAUAGCCGAUACUUUGUUAAAGAAAAGUAUAGGGAGGCAUCUCCUACCACAGGCGAUUUUGAAAGCAUAUUAUCUGUUUUGCACUUCAAUAUGUCAAGUUGGCCACGUAAUAAAUUUGAUAUCGACGCCGACAAUGCGAACUACUCAUGUACCUCAACACCAAACACUGUGGGAGCUGGUAUCAAGAGUGCGACAUAUUUUAGUAUUGAGUAUUCACCAGAUAAUACGACAGUAUCCGAAAACAUUACCUUCGUUCAGGAAGACACCGUUCCAGGACGGGUCAUAUGUAAAGCACGAGCUAAUCCAGAGCCAUCGUAUAAGUGGUUUUUUAAAAACGAAACAAUAGCCAAUGGAAACGCUUUAAUUAUCAACACCGCCAUGAAACGAAGUGAUAAUGGCACUUAUACCUGUUUAGCUUACAACAAGCAUGGCAGUAGCAAAGCAGAAACGGUGAUAAUAGUGCAAUUUGCGCCACACUGCGAAAUUGAGAGACGAGAAAUUGAUGGACAGGACACUUUGAUUUGCACUGCAUUCGGAAAUCCUGAGGAGGCUGACUUUUCAUGGUCAAUAAAAGCUGAGAAUGAAACAGUUGAGUUUUUAGGAAGUGGUGAUAAAAAGGAUUCCUUGGAAAAGAGUUAUUACACAUUACUAGAGGGCUAUGCAAUUGCCAGGACAUUCAGAUGUGUAGCCAACAAUACGGUUGGUUCGGGACCAUUCUGUGAAUUUGAAGUAGCUGUGCGUCCAAGAAAGCAACUGGCUUGGUGGCAACUUUGGGAAAAGACUACACUCAUCGUCCUAAUUGCUGCUAUAUUUGGUUUGUUGCUGAUCGUCAUUAUAAUUUGUUGCAUUAUUAUAUGCGUGUGUCGUCGCCGUCGGCGCCAGGAUAAAUUACACGACAAGUCAUCUUCACUGGGGGAACCAUUGACGGAACCUGGAGAGUAUGAGAAUCUUCCGUUUCAUGGUCUGCAAACGGCACCUAAUAAGUUUUCUACUACCCCUACAAAUUUUAAUAACAACACAAAUGUGGAGCACAUCAUUUCACGAUCUGAGAGAUUAAAUGGAGAUAUCAGUAAGCUACCUGUCCUCCAUCAGCAACCUCAACCGACAACUCUGCAUCACUUGAGAUACGCUAAUCCUUUAUCGGAUCAUGAAGUUGAAAAAAAAAUUAGUUCGCAAUACAUCAUGCACCGUCUACCUACUACUUAUCAACAUAAUAAAGGCUUUAUUGAACAAGCUUCCACAUAUAAUGAUCUACAAAGCAAUACAUUGUCAAAGAAUUACCCUGACUAUUUCCACCGUGACCAACCUAAAACUAAGAACACUCAUAUAUCAGAUGAUGCAACUCAAAAAAUCAACACUAACUCUUCAUCAGGUGUUCAAUUAAGUAAUGAAAUAUCAGCCGGCCAGGAAUAUCAGCCGGCCUAUGCUAUAGCAGAGCGGACUUCGCUGCCAACUAAAGUUCCAAAUACUUUGCUACUCAGUACAAAUCCCUUUCUGACUGUAAACAACAGUAACAAAUACAAAAUAGUAGGAGAUGAUUUAGAUAGCACGGUCCGUGGAAAAUCUAUCAACACCACAACACUUAGGGACAACCAAUUUUACUCUUUGAAGUUAUCAAGCGCAACCAAGGUUAAAAACUGCUCUAACGGUUUAACCACGUCCCCCAGCUCUUCAACAAAGUGCAAAAAGAAACAUUCUUAUGCUGGCAUAAGACAUUGUCAUAUGGAAACAAGUAGACAACACAUGCGCCAAUACGUUUACGAGAAUGGGGCAAAUAAUAGUACCUCCAGUCAGGAUGUAGUAAAUAUGGACGGAGAAAAAAACAACCUAAAGUCUAUUCAUAACCUCCCUACUGCGCAACUGCAUGCUCAUCCAAGUGUUAAUGAAGGUGCUGUCCAGCAAAAAAAAAACACCAACCACGCCAUCACCAGAAAAAGAAUGAUGCUUUAAGUGCGGAAAGCUGUGCAGAAUUCCCAUUAAUGGAGCCCGAGUGUAUAAGCAUUUAUCGAAGUGAUUCCGGAA